AUGUAUCUCCCACGCCAACUGAUCGCGCACCUCUACCAACAACUCCUCCGCACGCACCACCCGCUCUCGCCGCCAGUCCUGAUCCUCGUGGCCCUGGAACCCGAUGCGCUCUGCGCGUGCCGAAUCCUCACCGCGCUGCUGAAACGCGACUACAUCCCGCACAAGAUCCAGCCGGUGGCGGGGUAUGGCGAUCUGGCUCGCGCGGGGGAGGAGCUGGUGAAGCCGAUGCGCACGACGAACGGCGGCAGCGGCGGCGUGGUCAUCUGUCUGGGUGUGGGCGGGCUGGUGGAUCUGAGCGAGAUACUGUGUCUGAGUGGGGAGGGGGAGGACGGCGAGGAGGAGGAGGAUAUGGGUGGCGUGGAGGUCUGGGUGUUUGAUGCGAGGAGGCCGUGGAACUUGGCGAAUGUGUUCGGGGGCGAGGGGAGGCCGGCGGGGGAGGGUGACGGGGUGAAUGGGCUUGGGAUGGGGAAUGGCAAUGGGAGGAGGAAAAUGCGCGGCGUCGAGAGAGGCUGUUUGACUGGCGCUUAUGCGUCGGGGAAUGGCGGCAUUGUGGUGUUUGAUGAUGGGGAUGUCGAGGAAGACAUGGCCAGGGAGAGGGAGGCGUACUGUGAGUUGUUGGCUAUGCCGGAGGUGGAUGAGGGGGGUGAGGAGGAUGAGGAGGAGGAGGAGGAGAGUGAGGGUGAGGAGGACGCGGAUCAUCCGUCGAGUUCGGAUUCGAAGAAGCGCAAGUCGUGGUCGCGACAGGAUGACGAGGAUGAGUCGGAGGACGAGGAUGGGCCGCCCCGUCAGCGGAGGAGGAGUGACUCGGGGUCUUAUAUUAUCUCCUCGCCGUCGCGUCCGCGGAGGACCGCGCAUGAUUCCUCCAACUCCUCGCGAUCGGUCACGCCAACAUCGGAUUCACCGUCGCCCCUCCAGCCCAAACCCCCCUCCGCGAGGACGCUACGAAAACGCUUGUUGAAAAUGAAGAGGAAGCAUGAGGCGGUCCUGCAGCGAUACUAUUCCUCUGGGACGUCAUACUCGGAGCCGAUCGCAUCGCUGGUGUAUUCGCUUGCCUCUGAGCUCGGUCGGGAAGACAACGAUCUACUGUGGCUGGCCAUUGUGGGCGUCGCGAGCUUGGAACUGAGUGGUCGUACGAUGUCUGGAGUGGGCGUGUCCAACGCGCUGGAGUAUGGGGGGUCGGCCGGUUGGGGCGGAGAGCGAGGAGAGCGAAUACGGCAGAUCCUACGAGAUGAGGUCCUGCGAUUGAAUCCGCCUGAUCCUUACGAACGAGAUCGUGACAUACGCGGGGAAAUCAACGGCAUCAUCCAGACGACUGCGCGGUCUCCGACAGACAAGUCCAUCCGUCUCUCCCCUGAACCUCGUUUCAUCCUUGUACGACAUUGGUCGCUUUAUGACAGCAUGCUUCACAGCCCGUACCUGGCCUCGAGGCUGCAUGUCUGGACGGAGAACGGACGAAAGCGACUACACAAACUGCUGGCGAAGAUGGGCAUCAGUCUGAACCAGAGCCACCAAAACUAUACCCACAUGGACAUGGAGCUGAAGCGAGUGUUGCGACAACGCCUCCUGAAGUACGCGCCUAUGUACGGGCUGGACGGACUUGUCCCCGCCGAAGCGUCGGGGCAUGCUGCCUCUCGCGAGGGCUGGGGGUUUGUCCGUUGCUGGGGCUGGAAGGCCUGUCUCUCUGCCACCGACGUGGGCGUCAUCAUCGGCGCAAUCCUGGAGGUAGGGCCCGAGGAAGCCCAUGGGAUGUGGGACGCGAAACGCGCGUCAAGGCCUGCACUGGACGCGAGUGCCGAUGGAUCGACCGAAUCCGACCUGGCCCAUCUCCUUCCCCGGUUCUGGAGCGCAUAUGACGCCCUGUCGCUGACAUCAGAAUCGCCGACGCUUCUCCAAGCCUCGCUACCUCUUGCUCAGCACCUCCACCGAGCUAUCCUUCGCACGGGUACCUCUCUGCUUGCCAAGCAUCAGAUCCGCCAUCUGCGAGCAUUCCGCAUCGCCGUGGUGAAAGACGGCCCUGAUGUGAAGCUAUUCACCAACCCAGGGGCAUUGACCAAGCUCGCCCUGUGGGUCGCCGAGGCCAUUCGGGUACAAGAAAGGGAACGAGGCGAGACUGUCAAGAUCGGCCGCCGACGCGCCCUUGGCACCCCUCUGGUUCUUGCUGGGCUGGACGAGGAUCGAGGCCUCUACGUGGUCGUGGGCACUGGCGGAGGCGGUGGAGUGGUCGACUUCGCCGCUUUGGCCAAACGUCGGGAAGAGCGACGGAAGAAGAAAGAAGCCAAGGAUGCGAAGAGGAAAGAGAAGGAGCAGCGUCGAGCCAGACGCGCCGCUGAACGCGCGGAAAGGGAUGAGGACGAUGACGAGGAAGAGGAUGAAACAGAAGAAUCAUCGUCAGAGUCCGAGUCCGAAUCCGAGGACGAGCAGGACGUGAGCAGCAACAAGCACCUCCUGCGGAACCGGUUCGGCAUCGCGUUCCAGGAGGUUGUGCAAGAAACCAGCGCGCGCGUCCGCAUCGACAGCUUCGAGCACUGCGUGGUCGAGGUGCAGAAGGAAGACCUCGGGGGGUUUCUCGAGGCGCUCAGCUUCCGCAGUGUCGUCGGUUAA